CCAAGUGCUGCCCUGCGUGGAGCAGGGGGUCCCACAUCCUGCCUUUCAGGUCUGAAAGCCCCCGGGGAUCUGGAACCUUGCCUUAAGGGGUGCAAGUGCUGCCCUGGAGGGGUCCCAGACACUUUCCUGGCUUCACAUCUGAACCAUUCCCCGGGGGUCUGAAGUCUGAGAUAGGAUCUGGAGCCUGGCUGAGGAGUGGGGACUGCCUAGAGAUUCCGAAUUUAGCCUGGGGGGUCAUGAAGUCUAUGUUGGUAAUCCAGGUCAGGCACCGGGGGUUCAGGCCUCAGAGGUUCAGGCCCUGGGCUUUGAACCAGCCAUGGGGGUCCACAACUCUGCCUUGGAGAUUCUGACCUGGCUGCAGGGGUUCCAUAGCCAGGACUGUGACCCAGGGGCCCUAGACCCUGCUUUGGGGGGAUGAGCAGAGCCUCGGGAGGCCUGAACCCUGCCGUGGGAAUCUUGUCCCAUCCCUGGGGGUCUGGAACCCUGCCUUGGGGGCCCCACACCCUGCCUUGGGGAUCCGAGCCAGUCCCUAGGAGUCUCAUUUUUCCUGGCACGUCUGAGUCCAUCACUGCUACGGGGGUAUGGCUCCUGUACUCUGCCUCGGGCGUGGGAUGCUGACUUGGGGCAUCCCCGGUGCGGCUUGGGGUUCGACUCCGGCCUGGGCGAGGUUCAGAAGUCUGUGCUGGUACUGGCCUGCGUGUGACCCUGGGGGUCCCAGGUCCUGUUUGGGGACCGGCACGUGGCAGGUAAGUGGUGUGCAGCAUGAUUGCAGAGUCCGCUGGGUCCAGGCAGAGAGAGCAGGGCUGCUCCAAAGGAGCGCACCUCCGGUUCAGGCCCUUCUCCUUUAUAGUCCGCGCGCGGUGUUGAGAGGGUCACGUGGGUGCCCGCUGACACGAGGGGGUUCUUCUUUUCACAGAGGAGCAGUUUUAGUGGAAACGUUCCCUUUUAAGUGUGUGCAGGAUGCCGCGGCCUUUCUGCUGUUUAGAGAGAGGAUGUGAAAGCUCCGCACUGUGACACGUAGCACAGGGCAGACACCCGGGGACCAUGGGGGCUGUAGCCCGGGCGGCACCUCUGUUCCUAUCUGCGGGCAGUUAGGGCACCCUGGACACGGUGUCACCGGGCAGGCCUGUGGUCUGCGCGGCCCCAAGUCACGCGAGCAAGCUGAGCAGGACCGAGCUGAGACAUUGGUCCCUCGGCACACGGAAAACGGGCAAACUCAGCCCCGACGGGCCGUCCUUCCCGGUGCCGUCCCCGUCCCCGUCCCCGUGUGGAUGGAACAGAGACGGGAUUAAAACUUGCAGCGAGGCAGCGCGAGGUGUGUGUUCCGGGGCGGGUCCCCCAGCCCUCUGCCGUGUCGCCCGGCUCCAGGCCUGCAGGGAUGAGGGAGUCCGGGGAAAUGCCACCGGGUCGUGGGUCCCCCAGGAGCUGGCUCUGGAACCCGGAGGCCCGUGGGCAGGGCAGGCCGGCCGAGAGUGCUCAGGAGCCCGCUGUGGUCCUGCAACGCCACCUGGCGUGAGGUCCGGGCAGGUCCCCGCGCGCAAGCCCUGCCUCCUCGGGAGAGGGGAGCCUGUGGCUGGGGGAGAAGCGCCAGCGAGCGUGUGCGGGCCGGGCCGGGCGCUGGCUCCCCACCGCACGCGCCCUCUCGGGGGCCCCGGCCGCAUCCCGGCUGCAUCCUGCCCGCGCCCCGAGCCAGCCUGCCCGGCGGCCUCCAGCAGUGGCCGUGGGAGGGCCGCGCGAGGAUUAACGCUUCAUAAUGAGGUCUGGCCGAGAGAGGGUGAACGCGGUGGCAGUCUGCGGUGGCGGCGGCCGGGACGCUGUGUCGGUGCAGGAAGGACCCUCAGGGGGCCGGGAUGUCAGGGGGCGUGGACCCCGACGGCGAGGGCGGCCCUCGUGCAGGAGGCUCAGGAACCAGGCUGGCCAGUUCAUCUCCAUGGUGACCUUGUUUGAGACGCAGGGAGCGGCCCCCGGGGGCCCGAGUGCCAGCGGGCAGGGCAACCACCGGCGAGGGCGGCCGCCGCGGAAGCCGCGCAAGAGGAGAGUGGCCGUCACCACCGAGCUGACCCUCUUUGAGAUGGUCGCCCUGGGGAGGAGCUCCGUGCAGACGGCCGUCGAGGAGUGGGUACAGUCGUAUAAGGAGGACAGGGAGCUGGCCCUGCUGGACCUCAUCAGCUUCUUCGUCCAGUGCUGUGGCUGCGAAGGGGUGGUGACGGCCGAGCUGUACCAGAGCAACCAAGGCAAGAGCGUGGUGCACAAGAUGACCGAGAAGUUUGACCAGGAGACCGGGCUGUACUACAAGAAGUUUCUGGCUUACCCCUGGAUCCUGACCAUCAUGUGGCCAGAGAAGCUGCAGAAUGACUUUUACCCCAUCGUGGGGCCGGGGCCCUUCUGGAAACGGUUUAGGGUGAACUUCUGCGAGUUCACGGAGCUGCUGGUGCACCUGACACACUCGUCGGUGCUGUGUGACGGCCACCUCAUGGACACGGUCAUCUGCAUGCUCAGCGGCCUCACCAACUCGGCCGUGUACAGCCUGCGGCACACCAGCUCCCUGGCAGCCAUGAAGCUGCUGACGGCGCUGGCCAGCGUGAACCAGGGCAUCUGCACGGGCAGGCGCACGGCGCAGCGGCUAUACGAGAUCGAGAGCAUCACCAAGCUCAAGGGCAGGCACAAGUACUACAUGGAGCUGCUGGACCAGCGCCGGCACCAGUUCCAGAACAAGCCCAUGGCCAUCGACAACAUCAUCUGCGCGCUCUUUAAAAGGACGUUUGUGCCGCGCUACCGGGACGUGAGCUCGGACAUCCGGGUGAUCUGCAUGGGGGAGCUGGGCUGCUGGAUCCGCCUGUACCCAGACAUGUUCCUGGACAACAAUUACCUGAAGUAUAUCGGCUGGAUGCUGUACGACAAGGAUGCGAACGUGCGCAUGAAGUGCAUCCUGGCGCUGAAGGCGCUCUACGAGAAGCGAGAGUCGGCCAUGAAGUUGGGGCUUUUUUUCCACAAGUUCAAGAAGCGCAUCCUGUCCAUGACGCAGGACCAGCAGCCAGAGAUCACGUCCGAGUGCAUGCAGCUCCUGAGGCUCAUCUCCGAGCACUACGUGGGCGUGUUCUCGGCCAUGGAGUACGUGUUCCUGUUCCAGUUUGUGUACGCGGCCUACAGGCCCAUGGCCACGGCCGCGGGCGAGCUCAUCUGCAGGAGGCUCCUGGCCCCUCCGCCCCACGAAGGUUUCUUUGGCCAAGAGCCCCCUGACGAGUUUGACAGAAACCUCCAGAACAUGAAGACGCUCAUCGACUUCUACCUGCAGGGUGAGUUCCACAGACACGUCCCGUACCUGGUGGACGGCCUGUGGGAGGCAGCGCCCGCCCUGGUGCGCAACUGGGAGUGCAUGACGGCCCUGCUGCUGGAGCCACGCGGCGGGCGCCAAGCGCUGACGAGCCAGCAGGAAAGAGUGCUCAUCGAGAUCCUCGUGGCCGCCGUGAGACAGGCUGCCGAGGGCCGCCCUCCCGCUGGCCGCCGCCUGGGCAAGAAAGGUGCCAGGGAGGUGGACGGGACCCGCCGCUGGCGCGAGCAUGCCAACAUGAGCCGACACUUUGUCAAGGUGCUGCCCCGGCUGCUGUCCAAGUUUGCAGCGGACAAAGAGAAGGUGACCCCCCUCCUGCAGAUCCCUCAGUACUGCAACCUGGACGUGUACGACAUGGACGGCCUGGGCUCCUACCUGGACGCGGCGCUCCUCGAGCUGGACUGCCUGGUGCAGCGGCACUCGGACGUGGCGGUGCUGGAGGCCUGUGCCCGCGCCUACGGCACCUACUGUGACGAGGGCGGCUCUGCCCACGGCCAGGCUGCCCCCGCCUGCAGCCGGCUGGUUGACAUGCUGGUGGACGUGCUGACCCCGCUGCUGGACGUGUUCAUCCAACACGAGAAACAAGGCCUGUUCCUGGGACACGGGGAGAUGGGGCGCAUCUGCUCCACGCUGCGGAGGCUGGCUGCCUUCUACAGCACACACGACCUGAGCGGCUGGAACCUGUACGAAAAGAUGGACAGCCUGCUGACGUUCCGCAGACACCAGGGCAGCCUGCCCACGGAGGUCGUCCACUGCGCGCUGCAGUGCACCUACUACGCGCUCUUGUGGCAGAUCGUGGCGGCCACGGACCGGCUGCCGUCCCAGGAGGCGCUCCUGGACCUGAGGAAGCGGCUGCUCAAGUUCUGCCUGGCCUGCCGCGUGUACCUGAGCCACCAGAGCAAGGUGCUGAGCGAGAAGGCCUUCAUCCUGCUGUGUGACCUGCUGCUCAUCCUGAGCCACCAGGGCCCCGAGGAGGACACAGGCCUGGGGCUGCUGUUCUUCGUCCCUGAUCACGUCCUGCAGUGCAAGCUGCUCACUUUCGUCAGGGAGCACGUGUUCUUGGAGGACGCGGGAGCCGCAGGUGGCCGCCGAGUGUACAGGGAGGAGGACGCGGACGAGCUGCACGAGCUGUUCCACAGGAGGAACAUGCUGGCCGUGUUCUGCAAGCUCAUCGUGUGCAACGUGCUGGAGAUGAGCGCGGCCGCCGCCGUGUACCAGUUCUACCUGAAGCACUACCAUCACUUCGGCGACAUCAUCAAGGAGACCAUGACGAGGACGAGACAGAACGACAGGCUGCGCAACGCGCUGUCCCUGCUCCUGUGCCUGCAGCAGCUGUUCCAGAAGCACGUGGACACGUACGGCCUCGGCUCCGACCCCAUCGAGUUCAUCUGCGGCCCCUUCUACUCCAUCCGCCUGCUGGCCCGCCGCUUCGCGCUCACGCUCGGCUUCGACUCUGCCCGCGACGCCGCCCACCUGAUCCACAGGCGCGGGCUGGCGUUCGCCUUCUCCGAGUCCCCGGUACCCGAGGAGGAGGCCCGCCAGCGCUUCCCCAACCUCAGCUUCCUGCUCGUGCUGGCCGAGUUCUCGUGCAAGAUCCCGCCCGCGGAGCGCGCGGCCGCACUCGCCCACUUCCAGGACUCCAUCCCUGAGGGCGUGCCCGUGUUUGGGGAGGGGGACAUGAACCCCAUGCUCGCCUACCGCAAGUCCCUGAUGCGCACGGACUACGUGGCGCAGGGGGAGGAGGAGCCCGCCGCCAACCCGUUCGACGCCAUAUGCAAGGACAGCAAGCGGCCCCAAGAGCUGCCCGCGGGGACGUGCUCCACCUGGACGCCGGACACACUGGCCGGCUGCGCCGCGGGGGACCGGGAGCCGAGAAGCUGCUCCUCCAAGGAGCGGAAGCCCAAGAGGGACAUCUUUGAUGUGGACUUCCUGUCAUCCGAGGACUCUGAGAACUCCUCCAACGAGGACGUGGACGUGGAGGGCAUCUCUGUCCAGGAGGGGGCGUUGGACUGAAGAGGAUGCAGGCCCCGGUGGGACUCCUCACAUCGGGGGUCGCGAGUUCUCCGUCGGCCGCCGCCUCGUGUCAACCACAGCCACCUGGUCCUGGG